UCAUUAGCCAUAUAAAAGAUCUAGACUAACCCACGCUGACACUGUGAUUCCAGACUCUUUGGACCGCUGUUGCAACCGAAACAUUCGAAUUCCGCCGUCUCUUGGUUCGGACCGUUCUAUUUCGCCAUUCGACCAUCAUGGAAAACAGGCCUGUGAUUACUCAAGGCUUAGUUGAGAAUGCGGAAGAACUAGGACGAUGCUUCAACUUGGCGACCAACAGCAUGGAGAUACAGAUUCAGUCGAACACUUGUGGUCGAACGCACCUGGAAUCGCACAGUACAGAAGCGGGGGAUCAGACAAGGCCUGAGAAUCUCCACAAGUGUGAGGAGUGCAGUAGGCACUUCACUAAGCAGUGCCUUCUGAAGAGACACAUGCAGCGUGUACACACCAAAGAGAAACCGUUCCAUUGCGAUCAUGAGGGGUGUGACGAGCAGUUCCGUCUCUUUGUUGAGCUAAAGAGACACAUGCGGGUUCACGCCAAACCGUUCCAGUGUCAGGAGUGUGAUAAGCAGUUCCUUAGGUUAGGUCUGCUAAAAAAGCACAUGGUAUCUCACAGCGACCAGACACCGUUCCAGUGCGAUCAUCAUGGGUGUGGCAAGCAGUUUCGUCGGAAGGGCGAGCUAAAGAAACACCUGCUAACUCAUACCGACGUUAAACCGUAUCAGUGUGAGGUAUGUGGUAAACAGUCACGUUUGAUGGGUGAUCUAAAGAAACACAUGCUGACUCACACCGGUGAGAAACCGCAUCGCUGCGAGGAGUGCGGGAAGCAGUUCACCCAGACAGCUAGUCUAAAGAAGCACUUGAGGUCUCACACAGGCGAGAAACCGUUUCAAUGUGAGAAGUGUGGCAUGCAGUUUACCCAGAUGGGGUCUCUGAAAGUCCACGCGCGGACUCACACAGAUGAGAAGCCAUACAUGUGUGAGACGUGUGGCAAGCGGUGCAGGCAACUGAGUAACCUGAAGGAACACAUGAUGACUCACACAGGUGAGAAACCUUACAUCUGCCAGGUGUGUGGCAGGCAGGUGAGACACAUGUCUGCGCUGAAGAAACACAUCAUGAGGAAUCACGCCAGCAAACAGGUAUAGCGAGUUCACGAUAGCGGACCCGAAUUCAAGUCCUUGGGUAAACGAAAAAUUAGGACAAUCCGCAAAAGUUACCCUAAAAUGCUAUCCUACGUUUCCACAAUAGCACCGAGAACAAGAAAAGACUAAAUGGAUCCGUCGCACGAGUCCGGAAGUUCAAGUUCUUAUGAGUUGCGUGUUGACAUUCAUUGGUUUCGGAAGCGCUGCGGGGAAGAAGUUACUUAGUACUAUUUUUGUUUGUUUGUUGGCCCACCGUUGUGCAGCUUGGUUAUCUAACCUUAAAUACUACGUCUAAUUUUAACCAUCAGUUUGCUCGACUUUCUGUUUAAGUGGAUAAAGAGCUGUAUGAUACAGAAUAUGGCUCUUUUCAUGUAACGAUACAAUGAUUUAGGAGUGCAUGCGAAUGAGGGUAUCAACCUUGUGCAUUAGGAUCAGAUGGAAUGACAAAUUAGAUGUUGUGGGAAGUUAUGUUAAAAAGUAGUCUGCUGUGUUGUUACGUACUAGUAUUAGAAGAAUCUUGUUUGCUCUUAAAGGCCUUGUCCAUGUAUUACAUUGUAUCAUUUCCAAUAAAGCAUGAAUGAAUAUGA